AGCAUUUAUCACAUCAAAUAAAAAUAAUUUGACGUUAGAUCAAAUUAUAGGAAAAAUAUCCUAUACUAACAAUUCUGGUAGAUUAAUCAAAAACAUAUCACCAGUAAUUAAUUCUGGCGGCAAAUACUUGAGCUGGGAAGAUACAAUCCCUGAUAAUACAAUGACUGCAGUUUUGUAUUUAACAACAACUAAUAAUAAUAGUUCCAUAAUUUCGGUAUUUACAAUAUUUAUUAUGCCAGACCUAAGUACAGUUUUUCUUGCUACUUCAUUAACUGUUCUCUACGGUGGUUCAUUAGUAAAACUUAUCAACGAAUGUUUUGUUAUAAGUUGGAAUCAGAAACAAGAUAUAAUUACUGCUGAUGAAAAUUUAAUAAAAAGAUUAAAAGCAUGUUUAAUUGUCAGGUGA